AUGCCAGAUCAGCAGAAAUAUCUGAACAAACUGAAUGGGGAUCACGUCCUCAUCAUUGGUGGCUCCUCAGGAAUUGGGCAUGCGAUAGCCGAAGCUUGCCUUAAACAUGGCUGCAUUGUCACUAUUUCGGCAUCCUCGGCAUUGAGCGCCAAGAAUGCCCACAAACGCCUUAAAGAAUCGUAUCCGUCUGCGGCAAACAGAAUCACCUCCCUUGCGUGCAAUCUUGGCAGCACUUCCGACAUUGAAGCGAAUAUUGCCAAGCUAUUCCAGCAUGUGUCCAAGUCGGGGCUUCUUGACCACAUCAUUUUCACCGCAGGCGACCAGCUUGCUCAGAUGCCCAUCCACGACGUUACUUUGUCCCGUAUUCAACAUGCUGGUUUUGGUGAGUCUUCCAUUACUCUUACAAGUGGCGUCGGAUCGUACAAGAUGGGCCCGGAGGGCGCUGUGGCAGGAGCAUACGCCGCGGGUCUUCACGGAAUGGCCAGAGCGUUGGCUGUUGACUUGCAACCAGUCAGAGUAAACGUCGUGGCUCCAGGUCCCACGGAUACGCCGCUUUGGAGGAUGCCAGAGCAGCAGAAAACGGCACUUAUCGAGAUGCUUAGGACGAAACUUGCAACUGGGGAGAUUGGAAGCACCGAAAAUGUUGCAGAAACGUAUUUGGGGGUUCUCAAGGACUGGAACUGCACUGGUGCUGUAUUAAACACGAACGGAGGAUACUUGUUGUUGUAA